CUCCAUUUUGUGGCACUUAGUUGUCUUUUCUAGCGUGGCUCCGCCUCCCAACUGUGUGCGGCCUGAGCGGCCGUUAUAGAUUCAGGCCUUCACAUCUUUGCACAGGAAAAUAUGAAGACAAAAAGAUAUAGGUAAUUCAUAAUACAAAUUCACAAGUCAUUCUUUUGGUCUUUUUUUAAAAAAAAACAAGUCCUCAUGGAAGCAAAUUCUAUAAGCAGAAGAUAUGAAACAAGGCGAAACGCAAGAGCAGAAGAAUCGGUAGCCAAAUCUCGGGUUGACUGGCAGCGGACUAAGAGAAGUAGAUUGCUUGAUAGUGAGGAAGAGGAGGAUGGAACUACAUCGCCAUCAGAAAAAGAAUUUGAAACCAGUUCAGAAGAUGAUGCGGAAGAAAAAGAAAAAGAUGAAUCCAAAAUUAACAAGAGUAAAACUGAAUCUGUAGUUAAUGUAGGCAAGCUUCCAGAUGUUAUGACAGAUUGUGAUGGCACAACGGCAGAGGACAUAGAAGAAGAACACAUCAGCCUUGCAAAGCGCAAGAGAUCUCGGACAUCUGUAAUGUUUGACAGUGAUGAGAGCGAUGAUAGUGAUAUUGUAAGGAAAGUGUUUGCUAAACGCAGUUGCAUAAUAGAUGAGGAAGACCUGUCGGCCGAACAGAAACUGCAGGCGUCACCUGCAGAAGAAGAAGCAAACAGAAAACAAAAAAGGCUAAUAAAACUGCGGGACCUGUCCCGACAACUGUCUACUUCAACUUGCACUGGUGACUAUCAUGAGGAUUCUGAAAAUGAUGAUUUCUGCCAUUCACCCAUCACACAAGCUGAAGUCAGUGACACAUCUGAGGGCGACAGCAUGAAGGAUUUCAUAGUUGAUGAUGAGGAAGGGAACGAGUUGGAACAGGAAAACUCUGAGGAGAAUGAAAGCCAGCCACAAGAUAAAAAGCGAUCCCUGUCACGCACGUUCUUGGAGAAGCACUUUCCAAACUUGAACCGUGUUAAUCAUUUUGUCCAUUUCCAAAGAGUUAUAAAAGCUUUUCUCAUCAAUGCAAUUGAUGUUACCUUUUUGCCGUCGUUAUACGAGGGGGAAAGACAAAAGAGGUAUGCACAAGAUAUGCUGACUUCCCUCCACUAUUUGGAUGACCGUUUUAUUCAACCUCGCCUUAAUAAUUUACUUGCUAGAUGUCGCUGGAAAGAACGAUAUAAGGAGCGAGUGGAUAGUUACCCUCAUGCCCACAUAGCUAUGGGAAAUGCAGUACAACGUUCCUGUCAGGCCUGUGAACUGCAGAGAUACUGUAAGUUUACAGUAUGUCUGUCAGGAAAAUCCUACAACAUUGAAACAUUGGAAGUGGAUGACUUCAUGUCACAGGAUAAACAGGUGUUGAAGAUCGGGGUUGUGUGUGCAAACCGUACCCGCGUUUAUCAUAAUCUGAAGCAUUUUAAAUACAAGUUAUAUCAGGAUUGCUGCUCGGUUAUGAAAAAUGAUGGAUCUCAGGAUGAGUCAGUUAAAGAUUCAGUGAACAGAGUUUUCAACCAACUUGAUGAAGGUGGCUGGAUUGAUAAGCAAUAUGCUGACCUAGAAGGCUACAUGGACAACGCGGAUUACUUCCAAGAAGAAAAAAUGGACUGAGUCUGUGCGUACUGUGUAUUCAUUUUCUGAUGACGGAUUUUAAGAAAAUUUACAAAUGUGCUUCCUUUAGUCUGGUGAUAUUAUUUAACUAUCAUGCUGCAUUCCAGCUAUUUUUUUAUUUUUACUCCAAGAUAAUGAUAUACCAGCAUGUUAUUAUGGAUACUAAUAAGUUGGCUUGUUGUUUUUUCAUACUUAAUUUUAAUUAUCAGAAUAAUCAUCUAAAGAAUUUUUAUACUGGAAGUCAUCUCUUCUAUGUUCUUGAAUGCCGGGCAGCUCAGCUUAAUGAUCUCAAAUGAAAAACAAUCUCUGAAUAACCUGGGUGUUCAUUCAGGAAAUGAAAUUUUCUGUGCAGUGAUGCUCAUGUGGAUUGUGCCAGUGUGUGUGAAAUGCUUGGCUUCAAUUCAUUUUGGAAGAGGAAAGGCUUACAUGGUAAGAACCCCACAGUCUAUACGAGGUGUACUGUUUUCCCAGCACAGUACUUUAAAAGCUACUAUAAACAUUGUGCACUUUUUUUUCGGGACGCAGAGUUGUAACAGAUUAUCUCUUUAAAACCAGCAUGUUAUCAUUGUUUAUGCAUCCUGAAGGCCCAGAAUUCAUGGACUAGCAUUGAGCCGGCAUAUUUGGCUCAGAGGUGAAAAUCUCUAACAUACUGCUGGCAUCCUCUGAAACAAAAUAGAAACAACAGCAUUGAUUCACAUGGAACAUCGUUCUGAAUUGUGCUAAAACAAAUAAUAUUUCACAGUUUAUGUUGAAUUUGAAAGAAGGAAGCUUUACAGUACUUUCUUGAUUUGUGCAGAGACUACUGUUUAUGUGUAUGAUACCAGUUGGGUCUGCUUCCAUUUUGGGCUGUGACUCCGGGACUUCUGUGGGUGCUCAUUGCAUCGGCUUGAAAUGGGCUUCAAUGAUGGUUUCAGUACUAGAAUAUUGACAAAUGGGACCUGAAAUAAAAUGUUGUAGUGUGAAGUGCUCCUGUCAAGGGAUCCAACAAGCCCCCCUUUCCCUCUUCCAGGAUAACUCAAUACCAUUCCUCUCCACGACCCAUGACUUCUAAUUUAGUCAUGCAGGGAAAGAGCAAUCCCCUGCCCCAUAGGCCGCAUUUGGAGCACCAUAGGAAGCUGAGGAUCACCUCCUCCAUGCCCGUAGAGAGUGCUACGAGCGUGGAGAGAGCGAUCUGAUCAUGGGUCUUCCCUCCCCUACACCCUCCCAGCCGCUGCAGAAAACUUCUCUUAAGAUGUUGCAACUGUAACCUCAUAAGAGAAGUCAGAGAGGGAGAAAAGGAACGUGCUGUGGGGAAGGGAGAGAAAAGACUGUGAUACAUGACAUCCCCUGGGUUUAUUUUAUUUAUUUAUUUAUUUAUUUAUUACACUUCUAUACCGCUCCCAUAGCCAGGGCUCUCUGGGCGGUUUACAGAAAUUCUAAAAUUGAGGUAAAAACAAGUAUACAAAAUUUAAAACUCUAAAACACAGAACAUACACACAUAAAGCAUCUCCAGUCCUCUCCCACCCUCCAAAAAGAAUGCCAGCUAGACAGGCUCAGAGGCCCAUCUAGUUGCUUCUUGCAUUUUUAACGGAAGCAAAAUUGCUUCCAUCCUUCUGUUGCCUGCAGGAUGUAGGAUAGAUGGAGGGCUCCAAACUUGGAGCCUUCAUCUUUCAGGAGCACAACCCAUAGGAUUGUACCCUAAGCUAAUUGCUUUCCCCACUUGAAUGGAUGUCAUUUCCUCUCUAUACACUUCCACUGUGGCUAUGGUGAUAGCUAAAGGGCAAUGGCUCAGUGCUAGAACACAUGCUUUGCAUGAAGAAGGUCCCGUGUUUGAUUCCUGGCAUCCAGGUAGGGAUGGAAAAGACCCAUCUGCUUACGAGCUUCCUACAGUCAUCUGUCUCAAAACAGAAUGUUUGACUAGAUGGAUCUUUGGUCUGAUCCAGAAAGGCAAUCCUUACGUUAUUUAUGUAUUUAACACAUUUAUAUCCCACUUUUCAGAAAGAUUCCUUCACAAAGUAGCUUAUAAAGCAAAGCGUUGGAUACAAGCACAUACAUAUGCAAAUCAGCACUAUCAGCAUUAAGGAAAAUUUAGCUAGCUUGAAUUUAUUGAGACUGGAAAUACAUAUUAACCUACCUACUCGGGAAAGGCCAGCUUGAACAAACAUUUUUUUAAAGCUUUCUUAUGUGCCUGCACCAAAUGUAUAAGGUGCAAAGCAGGAGGAAGGGAGUUGAAUAGCAAAAGGACCUGCCCCUUGUACUGACCAGUCUAGCUGUUCUAACCAGUAGGAGUCUGUUAUGUUCAGGACUCACUCAACAGGCAAUCUCAGAUUCACCCACUGCUACUAUACCUCUAUCCCCCCUGUUGCAGCUGCAACAAUAGCAGGGCAGUGAGCUGUUAAAGGGAAAGGCAAGACUAAGAGAUAUUGGGGACAUUAGUACAGCUGGCAUCGCAAGGAAGCCCACACUCUCCAUUCAGAAUUAUUAUCUUCAGAUUUAUGGUGAUUAAUAAAUACUCUGAAAUGUG